AUGAAGCACUCGCUUGUGGCAGUGCUUUCCUGCAUCCUCCUAGGAACCAGUGCCAAUGGUCUGUUAAUUUUUAUAUUCCAAAUCAAAUGCAGAUAUAUUCUUAUAUGAAUGAGAAUGUUUUUGCCCUACAAGAAUUAGGUUACAGUAAAAAAAAGUACUAGAAGAUCCUAAAGUAUCUUUAUUUAACAGCCUGCUAAAUGCACACUGAGGUCCUAUUUGGGGAAUAAUGUAAUAAACAGUAAAGUUUGAGAUGAUAGUUUACUUGGCAUGUCUUGGGUUUAUACACAUGGUUACACGGCUGUUUUGUUGGGAGAUGAUCAUUCACAUGCUAGUCAUUUGAGUCUAUGGAAAUGUAAGCGUCUUUGGAACGAAUCUAUACUUUAGGGUAUGUAAAUCUAAAGAAAUCUAAAUAAUAUUACUGGCCUCAUCGGUUUCCGGUUUCUCACAGGCAAAUUGCGACGAUGCUGCGGAUUAAAUUCUCCCAAUCGCGCUACUGACACACUGCCUGAUAUUUUAGGAAGGGAACCCCAUACCAACAGCAUAAGUACUAACCAAAAUUCCACGUCGGGGGACGCACUGAUCAGCCGAACCCCACGCAGCUGCGCCAUGCGGCGGCAGAAUAUCGGCGAAACACGCACGUAUGGGCUUUUGGCUAGCACCUUUGCCGUUAGUAUGGUAUCCUCUUAUCCUAAAAUAUACUACUAGCUGCCUGUGAUAAGUUAAUGAAUAUCACGCGGUUACUCGCUAUAUCUGAUGAACUUUGGCCCGAAUAUUCAUACAUAAAAAAUUCGGUAUAAGCAUAUAGACCUAGAGCAUACUGAUCUACUCCAAGUUCACAAUUAGUUUCUGAGUAAAUUAAGAAGCAAAUAUAUGGCCUGCUAAUUUGACAUGCACCUUACAGUAGAUGUGCCAUCGCAUGAAAUGUUAACCGCAAUUCUGAAAUGCAUCUUCAAUCAGAUCGUGAGACCAACUAUUGCGCAGCACGAUCUCAGGAUAUUUUAGUCACGUCAUGAUGCCGGCUUUUGAACAAGUUUCUUUUCGGCACUUUCAAAAACUGCACUCUGUAAGAAAUGACUACCUAAGUGGAAUGAACUUUCCCUAUUGAUUCUGCAUAUUCUUAUAAAUUCAAACAUAUUUUGUAGAGGAAAGGGCACAAAUAUUUCUUCUUGUGUCCACUUGGUAGCAAGUUACGUCUUCUUUAAAUAUUUCGGUUUUAAAAGCCUUCUUAAUUGCCGAAUAAUUUUAAGCCGUUACACUUGCAUUCAAUGUUUUCCAACCAUAGGGAGAAUAACACAUUUUUAGAUACUAUUAAGAUGUCGCAUAGGGCUUGCAAUAUCUUGCAACAGAUGUGGACUAGGUUGUGUACUUUACAAGCAGUAUUAAUAAAUUUACGGAUGUGAUGUUCUAUGGAUAGACAGUUUAUGGUUUUAAAAAUUAUCAGAAUUGGAAACUUUUCAAAAACAAACAAUAUCCUCAUUCUAAGUAAAAAAUUUAAAGAAAAAUUAAUCUACUACAACCUGCGCACAAGAUGCAAUAUUUUUUUGAAUGUUCUCUAUGAAAUUUAUUUGAGUCGAAAAUCGGUAGGCGAAAUUCAUCUUACAUAAGUAGUCAUUUCUUGCAGAGAUUAGUUUUUGUAAGCACUAGGAAGAGGCUCGUCCAAAAGCCGGAACCCGGACGUGAAUGAAAUAUCUUGUUGUUAUGCUCUGCGACAGUCCUACGGCCCUAUUUAAGUUGUCUUUUCUAACCAAAGUCACAUUUCAUCAUUUGGGCUAGCAUUUCGUGAGAUUGCGCAUUUGAAAUAAGAAGCUAUUUUGGUAGAAACAGCCUUUGGAGUGUCCCUCGGUUUAUCUUGUCAACUUGCCCAUUCUUGAGGUCCUAAUGCAUGAUUGGGCGGACUGAGGCCACGCCACACAACAGAGCUGACAGAAUGCUUGCAUGUGAAAGUUGUAAAAAUGGAACGACUAGCUGAAAAUAAUAAAUGCACCUAUUUUUAUUUUUGCAUGCGUGUAAAUACCUUUUUCUCGUAAAUUAUAAAGUCUAUGAAGUUGAGCAUGGGUUUCCUGACGAUUGUGGGAUUCCGGCGGUCGAACGGAGGAACAAGCAGGAAGCCGAGACUAGAAAAACCCGCGCAACACCCAACAGUUGGCCUUGGCAUGUAAGUGGCUGUUUUUCAUUCCUUAACACACUAGUACCAAGUAAUUAAAUAGUGGUCGUAGCGAUGCAAUAUGGUUUUGCCCUAGAACAUAGGUAAUGAUUAAUUAAAAAGUAGCAGCAAAAAUGCAGUAUGGCAAAAAAAACAAACAUGUUCUUCACUUGAUAUUACUUACGCAAUGGAUGCGACCUUGUAGUAAAGCACUGCGCAAAGAGUGAUGUACGACACUUAAUAGGCCGAACUGCUCAGUUCAUAAGGAAAUCUUUCUUAUAAACCUGGACCGGGAUCGUUAUUAUAUCUCAUUGCCUGACUGUGAAUUACACGUGUAAUCCGUCCUGACGAUUUACAGAAAUUAAAUCGAAAUGAUGCUCUGAUAAUGUUCUUGAUAAUCAGAUCAGAAUGAAGUUCGAAAAAUGGGAUAACUGAAGCUAAGCAUCCGGUGAUUAGUGUGACGCUGCGCCUCUUGUCAGUGCCCGCACAUGCGCACCAGUGGUGGUCUGAUUCUCGGCCAGUCGCGGCUGUGCAAACCGGUCAAGCAUUUUCAAGGCGUGGCGUGAUACAUUUCCUGCUGACACUUGGGGCGUCGCUCUCCUAACACCGCUCCCCGGCUGACGGCUUACUCCGACCGAUCCUUUGAUCGCUCUUUACAGAAUACGGCAUCCUCUCGACUAGCCCAACACUUCUUUCCGUUGGAGACCAGAUCCUGAGGGUUUGCCUAUGGCCUAAGUUGUUGUGACAUUGGUGACCCCGACGUAAUCGAAAUGCAGCUGCCAGGCGUGACUCAUGAUUCCGAUUCAGUCAAGCAGAGUAGUCCCUUCAUCAGUGCCAACACCCGAACGUCCUUCUCAAUGUAUGCGAAUGUCAGAAAUGUUGUAUUUUCUGAGCAAGCGGAACAUGAUAGUCAUUUCGUUGACGGACCUGCAUAGUUCCGAUCAGGAAGAUGUGUGGUGAUCACUGCUAUGUCGUUCAUUUAUGUAAAAAAAAUUUAUAGUUGCGAAAAUUCCCAUGGCAAUAUUCAGAAGACCAGUAAUCGAACAUAGAUUAUCGUCUGGUAAAUUUUCAUCAGGUCAGUGCAUGCAUAUGGAGACGAGCUAGAAGCAAAAACAUGUCGGUGAUGAUAGAAAUCGAUUAAAGUUCGUAUUAAAUCACAGGCGGGGCGUGGGAAUGUGGCAGGGUGAGGUGGGGGGGGGGGAUUAGCAGUCGGUGUCAAGGCCGUGAUGUGAGCGGAAGGGCGCGGAGAGUUUCACUGUUAGUCGGCUUUUAGGUUCCGCACCUACCGCGGUCGAAAGUCCUUUAACGCUGCAAAUCGCAGAAGAAGCACGUUCAGGCUCCACACCUACCAAGCGACUCUCCGCGCGCCCUUCCGCUUCCAACCAACUGUUAUUGUCCCAAUCCCCCCUCCCCCCCCCCCAUAUUCCCACACACCGCCUGUGUUUUAAGACGAACAUUAAUCGGUCUCUUUUACCGGGGACAUGUUUUUGCUUCUAUCCCGUUCCCAUAUAAAUGUACUGGCCUGACGAUAACUUAUCGAAAGCAAACGUAUGCUUCCCAACUGGUCUUAUAAAAUUUUUUAUAGCUAUACGAUCUGACAGGUACUUUCCAAAAUCGCCCUUAUCCAUCUUUGUUUAGCGCGAGCUCGACCUAUCGGUCACUGUGACUUGCGGAAUAAGUAUAGUCUCGGUCAGAUGUGUUAAGGAUAUUUUACCGGUCUGCUCAAAAGAACCCCCGAAAUAGUUCACGUUGACCUAAGUGGGUCACUCCACGAGCAUGAUUGUAGAUGCCAGAACUCAAUUCCACGAGCAAUUUAACGUCGUGCUAGUCACCUCCUCCAAGCUUGGAAGCAAGUCAGCAAAACGUCCAAUAGAAUUGGGUAACGUACCCGCCAUUUCACCACCAAAAUCUUCAUAACUCGGCUUCAGAAUAACAGACCGCUCCGAUGAUGGGUUCAAGUGGGAACUCGAAACGUCAGGCGAAUAAACCACUCGUUCCAGAGAUUGCUCCUUCUUAUCAACUAGGGCCUGGAACUCGCAUAUUCGCGUACAUCGUAGAACAAACCCUCCGCCCUCCAACUAGCUACACUGUUGGGGGGGGGGGGAUAAAUGCAUGCACCCUGGUGAAAAAAGAACAAUGCCAAGCAUUGUAGAGGCAGCCAGCACGUGGGUCAUAUACGGACCAGUGUGCGUUGAAGUCAGACCACAGCCCGUAGCUCAAAAUGUCCAUUAGUCGCUGUCUUCGACAGCCUCUUUCUAGCCUGCCGCAAAUGAAAUGCUUUGAGGGGAUGCUUCGAGAAGCUGUGGACGUGCGCUUGUAAGACGGAACAACCUGCUCCUAAGGUAUUGCACAGAGGUUCAGUAUGAUUAUAAUGUACAAACCAAAAGAGAUGAGCGUGAGGUUGAACCUUUUCAUUUCGUUGCAUUUGCACUUAAUCCUUUUGAACUCUGCCUUUUUGAUAUCAAGGUCUGGAAGUAAAAUCAACUUUAGACUAGAAUGCAGAAAGUAGUAUAGAUGAAGAAGAUAAUAAAGCGAUGGAGGUGGCUUCCAAGUGUAAGUGUCUGCAAGACUUUAAACUUUUAUGGUGGGAAGAAUAUUCAGCAAACUGUCCGCCCUUCUAAACUGUUUGCAGAAAGCAGCGGAAUGUGUGGACUUGUCAAACAAUUUGAUUUGACAUGCACCUUGUCGAACCUAAUCAACUCUGAGCCAUGCAGUUUAGGUGCGUGCCUAUAUUACAUGUGUUACAAUUAGCGAAAGACUAAUCCUACGGCGAUUUCGCAAACGGGACGAGUAAGUGCCGCAAAAGACGAUCUACCAUUGUGUAUUCCCGAUCGCAGCCGAUAGGACAACGAGCCCGUGGCUUAGUGUUUAGAGGCGUCAGACUUCUCACUAACAGGUCGCCAGUUCGAGUCAUAGAUGUUCCACAUUUCGGGGUUGGUUAUGACUGGCUGACGACGGCUAAUAAGCCAGAAAUGGCCAUUCCAGCCUCCCUAGUCUUUGUCGGUAAUACCAUUCUGCCUAUGUUUAUCACGCGUCGUGUGCGACUGUUGGUUAGGCUCGAAAGAGAGCCCGAAGGCACAACGGGAGGAAUCAGUUAAUUAAAAACCACCAGUAAACGCCCCCCUACCUUGGACUGUGCAACAUGUUUCUUCUUCAUUUUUUAGGUGGGCUUGUGGUCGGACCGGAGGGGAAAUCACCCGUUUUGUGGAGGAACGCUCAUCAGCCCUUCCAUCGUCGUGACUGCCGCACAUUGCAUCGGCGCUCUUGUUGGUUGCCAUGAUUUACCUUUGGGAAGGCCAUUUAGCAUACCAGCUACAUCGGGUGACCGACUUCAGGUACUUGCUGGUGCCUACGACUACACAGAAGCUGGUACAUCCAAUCGGUUGCAUGCCGUGCAGUAUGUGGUCGUUCACCCCCAAUACAACAACACCCUGCGUGAAGAGGGCUACGACAUCGCGCUAUUAAAACUUUACGAGGAUGCAAGACCAGGUAAUUUUCUACAUUACUGCCUGUAGUAUUUCACUACACCGUUAUUAGCAGCCAUACGUCAAAUCUUAUGAAUAUACGUCCUCAUAACUAAUCAGACUAGCCUGUAUAAAUAUAUGCGUAUGCCUUUUAACCUAUAGGCUAUUAUGCAUCGUAGCGUGCUCUAAAAAAUACUAGGUUUACUUCCCUGCUUUCCUGUUAACGACGUCAAGGUGAAACCGUGCAACCUAUCUGCUUUCCGUCAAGUCGCAUGACGCUGUCGCGUGGAACCAUAUGCUAUUUCGCCGGCUGGGGAGGACUUUAUAAAAAACGGUCACCAGACAAACUAGUUUUCCCGAAGACCCUCAGAGAAGCGCAAAUUCAAAUUGAGUUGGAUGAGGCCUGCACAGAAGUCUUCACGCCUUAUUACAGGAAUCGUCAUUCAUGCAUAAGAACAGAGGGCACGGUACGUUACAAUGGCUGCAUAAGUCAUAGCAAAUUUGUGAAUAAUCCAUUUAUGUAACUACAUAUAGUACUUAAUAUUGGAGUUAGUAGUUAUCCGCUCCCUCGGUGAUGCAAGGUUUUCUGGCUGCGGUCACAGGAAUUGUCACGUGCGCCGAAAAGGGAAAGCAUUACUGGACCCUAGGAAAGUGUUUGUAUGACUGGCACGCUAUGCAACUUUAUUCACAGAUGAUUACCGUUUACAUAAAGUCCUUUUAUUGCAGCAUUCCUGCUUGUUUUACACCUCCCAACUGACUUUUAUGUGCGCUUUAGAAUCCAUGUGUCGGGGACAGCGGCGGUGGACUAUUCUGCCAUUCACAUAACCACAACGACGACAGGUGGUUCUGGUAUGGACUAAUAGAAGGUGGAACGAAUGACUGCAAAGGACGCUGUGCAAUUGUCAGCAACGUCAAGGCAAUUCACAAAUGGGUAAAAGACACUGCGUUUAAUCUACGUCUGUGA